AUGCGUUCAGGUGAUUUGCUGGUGGAAGUUUGCACGAAAAAGCAAGCCCAGCAAAUCAUUAAAAUGAAAGCUUUGACAACGUUCCCUGUAACAGUCACUCCUCACAAUUCAUUGAAUUAUACUAAGGGUGUGAUCACAUGCGGAGAACUGUUCAAUGUUCCUAUCGAAGAAAUAACUCACGAACUCAAAUCCCAAGGUGUAACGCACGUACGCCAAAUUACCAUUCGACGGGAUGAGCAAAUUUUACCAACGAAACACUUUAUUUUAACUUUCCAUGCUACAAAAUUACCUGAAUGCAUAUAUGCGGGGUAUAUAAGACUGCCAGUUCGGCAAUAUAUACCUAAUCCUUUAAGAUGCUUUCAGUGUCAGCGUUUUGGACAUUCCAAAAUUAACUGUCGUGGAACACUCACUUGCGCACGCUGUGCUGAGAAAGGCCACGACAGCCAGCAGUGCAAGGCGCAAGAAAAGUGCGUAAAUUGCAGUGGUUGUCAUGCCUCAUACUCUAAGUCAUGUGAACGCUGGACUCUAGAAAAGCAAAUUACAAGUCUUAAAUUUAAAGAGAACAUAUCUUAUCCUGAAGCCAGACGGAAAAUUUUGGCAUCAACACCGAAACCUGGUGUGAGCUAUGCAUCCAUUGUGCAAAAGAAUUUUUGUAAGAACUGUAGUUGCCCAAACUGCACAAAAACAGUCAUUAAAGCAAAAACCCAGGAAAAGAUUUCUGAUUCUGACACUGAGGUAUCUUUGACUAGUACUCCUGAAGAGAGUAAAGCUGUCGUAAAUAAACCAAAACCAAAAUCAAAUAAAGCUCUGAAGCUAAGGCUCUCCAAACGUGGCCUGGUCCCUAAGGAUUUUUCUACAAAACUCAAAAAAACAUCUUUACGCAGUUCUGUAGCUCUUGGACUUGCGAACAAAGGUGCUGCUCAUAAAGACUUAACGACCAUUUUUGGUGGCGCACCGAAAAAUCCUGAAAUCAUCUCACUCCACCCAUCUGAGGAGGAUGAAUUUGAAAUGAGUUGCGAUGCUGCGCAACCUCCAAGCAUUGUUCCCAGAACUUCUCUUAUUAAAAGGCUUCCUUAA